AGUCUGAAUAAGGCCAGGCCUCAGACCCCCAUCUAGGAUUGGGACAGGACAAGACAGGCGUGGUUCUCUGACAAGGAGUUCGAGGACAAGCAAGGAACAGGAUAGCCGCUCCUCUUAGGAUAAAGACAAAGACAGUGUGAAGGUCUUUCCUCAGAAUGCACAGAAUAUGAAUACAUCUCACUACACACUAAGAUUCCUGGAUCCUGCAUUGUUUUAGAACAAUAACUGCACUCAUCAGCGUUUUCGGGCAUAGAAAAAGAAACUGCUGCCUGAGGCCAGGAUUCCAACACUGCUACCACACAGGAAGGCAGUUCAACAGUGAUGUCAGCCUCAUCCCUGGACACAGAUCUAAGUUAUGAUACAGUUGUUCAUGCUGCCAAGGCCGAAGCCAGGGAGUCACCAAAGGCUGUGGCUGUGCCUCCAGUCAGGCUGAGGCCUCCGGAGGACCUAAAGUUGAUCCGUAGCCUCUCCAAGUCCGACUCUGACCUGUUGGUUUCUCCACUGGGUGAGGAGGAUGGGGGUCUGAAUAGCCGCUGUGAAUCUGUGACUAACUGCAGCUCUGGGAAGAAACGGAUGGAGCGCUCACCUUCCUUCGCCUCUGAAUGGGAUGAGAUUGAGAAGAUCAUGAACCUGAUUGGAGCAGGCAUCGAGUUUUCCAAUGACCAACAGCACAUAUCCACAGCAGAUGGGGCCUGCAGCAAAGCCCUGGACCAGCCCGUGGGAGAGUGGCUGGAACAUGUGGGGCUGCCGCAGUAUGAGAGCAAGCUGCUGCUCAAUGGCUUUGACGACCUGCGCUACAUGGGUAGUAACGUAAUGGAGGAUGCAGACCUUAGAGACAUGGGAAUCACUGACCCUGGACACAGGAAGAAGAUUCUCCACGCAGCACGCAGUUUACCCAAGGUAAAAGCACUUGGCUGUGAUGGAAGCACGUCUCUUUCUACCUGGUUGGAUGUGCUAGGCUUGCAGGAGUACCUGCCGAACUUUCUUUCCAGUGGCUACCGUACCUUGGACUGUGUAAAGAACUUAUGGGAGCUGGAGAUUGUCAACGUGCUGAAGAUCGGCCCUCUGGGUCAUAGGAAGAGGAUCAUAGCGUCUUUGGCAGAGCGGCCCUACGAGGAGGCCCCGACUAAAUCACAGAUCUCUAACCGUCUCUCACAGAUCAGGUUUCAGGAUCUUUUGUCCCAGACAGGGGCCUCUCCUCUAAGUCACAUGGACCCUUACACAAGUCGUUCCAUGGACAUGCUCCUGCCCCUGGGGGAGGCAGGUAGGAGGAGGAGAGCCAUGGACCAGGAGUGUAGUGUUUCCCUGCGUGCCUACAGUGAGAGACCUCGUUCCCACGACAGACAAAGUGAUCGAACCAGAGAACCUCGCUUGACCCUCCGACCACCAAGCCAGUCUGCCACCUAUGCCACCGUCUCGGCUUGGCAUCACCAGCCUGAGAAACUGAUUUUAGAGUCCUGUGGGUAUGAAGCCAGUUAUUUGGGAUCAAUGAUUAUCAGGGAUCUUCGGGGGAUUGAGUCGACUCAAGAAGCCUGCGCCAAAAUUAGGAAGUCAAAGGAUCAUUCGAGAAAGGGUCCUGUUGUUAUACUUUCCAUUACCUAUAAAGGGGUCAAGUUCAUUGAUGCAACCACUAAGACCAUCGUAGCAGAGCAUGAGAUCAGGAACAUUUCCUGUGCUGCCCAGGACCCUGAUGACCUCUGCACCUUUGCUUACAUCACCAAGGACAAUAAAAGUGGCCACCACUUUUGCCAUGUCUUCAGCACUGUGGAAGUGACUCAGACUUAUGAGAUCAUCCUGACACUAGGACAGGCAUUUGAGGUGGCCUAUCAACUGGCUCUCCAGACAAAAGCCAGACAGUAUGUACCGCCCCCCCCACUGUCUCUUGGGUCAGAAGUCAUUGAGACCAAAUCAAGUCGGCCCACAUCACAGCAAUGGAGCAGCAUGAGGAGAUCAACAGGUCCCCCUCUGCUAGAAUGUCGCUGCUGUUACUGUCACACGUGUACUACUCACCGCUCCUCCUUCCUCCCGUUGCACUCUAUUAGCCCUGGAAUCCAGAUUGACCCUCUGGAGAUGGACGCAGACAUGCAGUCCCUGUGCAACACCACCUGGCUCUUCGACCAGAGAGACACCAACAAGCGCCCUGUCAGCACCAAUUUGUCCUGUCUUACCAGGCAUCUACCGCUGUGAGGCGCUAUGAGCAGACACAUCUAGCUUGGAGUGCAAGACAAAAAAAAGCAACAAACUUUUUUUCUAUACAUUUUUAAACAUACAGCGAUGGAUCAUCAAAAAAUCUUUCUGGAUGAAGAGUGGAAUCAUAAUUUCCGGUUUGAAUUGCUACAUAAAUGGAAGGACAACUUCUACAUUACUAUAUCGCCAUGAAGCGUUUAAGGGUUUCUAAAUGAAAUCGAUUGAGCCACCACAACACUUUCCCCACCUGCUGACGGCUGCACGCUUUUUCCAUGGUGUAAAAGACUGAGCAUUUUUAGGAAUUGGUAACAUAAACACUGGCUGAGCUGCAGUGAAUAUGUUAUUAUGGUACAGGUUUGUCAGGAUAGUAAUGUAUAUGAUACUCUUUGUGCAUGGUGCCUUUCACCAGUCAUUUUAUUACCAAGACAGAUUUGAAUUAUAAAAGACUGUUCGACUCAUCGGAGAACACUGUCUGGCACUAUCCCUUACAAAUAUACAUAUCUGUUUGCUAAAGAAAUAAUUUCCUAAAUUAGAGAUGCAUUUAAAUAACGGGGCUUCCUGAAAUAUAUUCAAUGUCAGAAACAAAGGUAAAUCAUAGAAACACCACAUGGUAUUGGUGUAUUACCAUUAUGCAGAAAUAUGAAAUUACCAAAACACAGUUUUACUUGUGUCGAAGGAAUUUUAGGGGAGAUACUUUAGUUUGCCAAUUUAAUGUGAAAAAAUAAGAUCCCAGAUAACAUUGAUUUAAUUGUAAAAUAUGAGGCAAGAUAUACAUGUUGUUGGACACCUUUUGCAGCAUCUUAUCAAGAUUAUGUUGAUUGUAAUCCAUGAUAUGAACUAACUUAGCAUGAGGUACGCUUAAAAGAAUGUGUCACUAAAAGCCAGUGCAAACAAUUCAGGCUUACUCAUAGUUUAAACAUUACAUUUGAUGGAUCAAAAUGUUUUUAGAUAUUAUUUUAUUAUGCAAAUGGAUUCUGGGUUAAACAUAUCUGUGAAACUGCAUUUUUGUAUUUCCUUCCACUGUGACUGAUACUGCAGGUCUAAACGAGUUACAGUAUCUAUUUGUUGGUUUAGCUCAAUCAGUAUACGUUUUGUUCAACUUCUUUUGGUGUGCUGUGCGGAGUUGCUUGUGUCCUUGUGGGUGGAUAUUCUGCCUCUGACUGCUGUCCUCAUUCUUUAUCCCAUAUGCCAAGAGCUAUCUUAUAUUAUGUUAUACCCUCCAAACGAUACCUGGUUAAUACAGGAUGGCAGACUGGAGAAUGACUGUUAAGAGUUGGCAGUGUCUGUGUGGUACUCUGUUUCACUGUGGCUCUUUUCUGUUCAUACAUUACUACUGAUGCAUGUGGCAGUAUGGGUGUUUUGUCCUCUGAUGCACCUGACGCCAUUGAGGUGUACUUACUCUAUGUACGUAGCUGUGUCUGUUUUUGUUGUUCAUGUCAUUUGCCUUUCAUGUACCUUUUUCUUCAUUGCACAGGUUCAACACUUCAUCUCAUUUACAUUCUCCAGCAUUGUCAUUUUAUAUUGCACUAAGUAUGUCCCUCCUUGUUACGUGUUGAAAUCAUGAAGACACAUUCAACCCUCUGGUGUGGGUGCAUUUAGAAGCCUUACAUUUUAAAGAGCAGAAGCUAUUUCAAGCAGACGCAAUGUGGUGGCAUGAUUUGGCUGUGCAUGUUUCUGUCUUUUAUAACACCAGUGUUUUCCUUGUGUAGCUCACUCCAGCAUUCAAGUUUCCGGACACCAAGCUGUGAAUUGAUGUGGAGCAGCCAAAGUGAGUGUCUGCGUGUGUAGACUAGAGCCUGAGAGACUAACAGAGAUACAGCGGGUCUAUGAGGGACUGAUUGAUAAGGUCUGCUGCCUUCUACAACCUCACCUGAAUACCAAGUAACAGAGAAAUUAUAACCUUACAAUAGCUGUCUGUCUAUGCAGGGCCUCUCUCUAAUUCCUAUCUCAACAAAGAUCAGUCUGAAAAGUCAAAUCUUUACAAUGGCCUCACACUGUCUUUACCUCUUUCCUCUGAAUUCAUGUAGGUACUGUAAUAUACAGAGUAGACACGAUGGGCCAGUAAUUACUAUUUUUGCUGAUUCAGGUUUAUUUAAGAUAAUCAUGUUGUUACUGUAAAGAUUAAGGAGAGUCAAUGACAGCCCUUAAUAAAAUGUAGAACUACUGUACCAGCAUAAUAAUGUUGUGCCAAUGUAUUUGUGGACAGAGUAUAGUUUGUGAAUGAUAAUGUGACACAUAAAAAUAAUAGCAAUAUACACCUGAAAUUAAAUAGUGCAAUUAAAUUGAAUUCUUAAGGUAUUUUAUUGUCUUAGGGCAUCUUACUUGCAUGGAGGUUUGAAAGAGUGGCCAGACUAUAUGCUAUGCGCUAAGUGUUUUUCUUUGUCAGGACUAGCCUGUUGACUUGAAUAGGGGGAUGUGUGUGUCUGUGUGUGAGAGUGAAGUCAAUCUCCUCCCAUUAGCAAAGACAUUUAGAACUAACAGUUGGAUUGAAAUAGACUCAUCAAUUUUUUUAUGAAAUUGUCAUUUUGCUACCUAAAUUAGAGGCUGAAACAAAUUUUUCAAGGAGGACCAACUGUUUCCAAUGGUUUUCUGUACCCUCUGUAAAAACUGAAGGUUUCUAUACAACUGUCUUCUGCAAGCUGUAAUGCCUGUUUUUUUUUUGUUAUUAUUUAAACAUGUGAGAUAAUAGCGUGGUAAUGUAGUUCUAAAGUGUUAAGGGGAAUAAAAAGAGUAUUUUGCUCUUCUAAGACUGUCA